AACAAGUCUUAGCAAGAAAAAGGUCUUUAGCCUUGCAAAUACUGGAAAAAAUAAUGUUUUGAAGAAAAACAUCAAUAGAGACAACACUAACAAGGUUUCAGAACCAAGUACUGGCAAUGAGGAAAUUACCCAAA